CUACUUCUCUUUCUGUUAGUAGACCUGCAGUAUUUUUUGCUGAAUUUACACCUUGGUUUUGCAAGUAUAAUCUUAACUUCGCAAGAAAAUCUGAGAUAUCAUUGCCCCAGUCAAAAAAUG